AUGAUCGUGCAAAAUUUAUUGGAUAAUUUAAAUCAGUCAAAUUUAUCUCUUGAUUUUAUUUAUGAACAUAAUGCUUUUCGUACAGAAGAAAGUCAAACUCGUCGAAAACAUUUACAUCCACUAGUUUCAUUACACUAUGAAACAGCUUUAAAAUUAUUUGCACCUAAUGAUAAUCCACUUGAAUCUUUAUGUCUUUUAAUUGCAGAGGUUGCUUUAGCUGAUGUUGGGACUUAA